GCAUAGGGCCGUAAAGCGGAUAGUGUUUUCGCCUUCCGGAUUAACGACAGCAGCUCAGACUGUCAGUGCCGGCCUUCCUCGUGCCGGACCCUUCCUAAUUCAAUUUCCUUCCCAUUCCGGGCCCUUCCCUAUCGUCGCCCCUUUCACCUUGGAUCAUGUUCAAGAAAUUUGAUGAAAAAGAAAAUGUGUCCAACUGCAUCCAGUUGAAAACCUCGGUUAUUAAGGGUAUUAAAAAUCAAUUGCUAGAGCAAUUUCCAGGUAUUGAACCAUGGCUUAAUCAAAUCAUGCCUAAGAAAGAUCCUGUGAAAAUUGUCCGAUGCCAUGAACACAUAGAAAUCCUUACAGUAAAUGGAGAGUUACUGUUUUUUAGACAAAGAGAAGGGCCUUUUUAUCCAACCUUAAGAUUACUUCAUAAAUAUCCUUUUAUCUUGCCACAUCAGCAGGUUGAUAAAGGAGCCAUCAAAUUUGUACUCAGUGGAGCAAAUAUCAUGUGUCCCGGCUUAACGUCUCCUGGAGCUAAGCUUUAUCCUGCUGCAGUAGAUACUAUUGUUGCAAUCAUGGCAGAAGGAAAACAACAUGCUUUAUGUGUGGGCGUCAUGAAGAUGUCUGCAGAAGAUAUUGAGAAAGUCAACAAAGGAAUUGGCAUUGAAAAUAUCCAUUAUCUAAAUGAUGGGCUGUGGCAUAUGAAGACAUAUAAAUGAGCUUCCAAAGGAAUGUGCUUGGGCUAACUAUAGAUACUGUGCUGUAUCUGUGUCUGUGUCUGUAUGACAGCAUGAAGACAAUGCCUCUAUGGUUAUGCUGAAUAAAAAUUCUGCGAAUGCUAAAAUUC